AUGUCGACGGUGGGCUCCUGCGGCCCCAAGCUGGAGGACUUCCUCGGCGGCCGCGGCGGCGAACUGGCGGCGCGGAUCUCCGGUAACGGCGCCGAGCCCGAUACAGGCGCGGGGAUCUACGACUCCGACUUGAAGACCAUUGCUGCGGGGCUUCUCCAGGACUUCCCUCCCUACCAUCAGGAGUCCGACGGCGGCAACAAGGAGCCAGCGACAGCGGUGGCGCCGGCAGAGUCCAAGAAGGCGGUGGACGGCUUCGGACAGAGGACCUCUAUUUACCGCGGUGUUACCAGGUAAGUGAGCUUGAUUUUUCCUGUGGUAGUUGAAUAAAAAUAGGGGGAACAACUUUAAUUUUUAUUUUAUUCUUCUCCCGGCCUCUGAAGGCACAGGUGGACGGGGCGUUACGAGGCUCAUCUGUGGGACAACAGCUGCCGGAGAGAAGGCCAGAGCAGGAAGGGAAGGCAAGGUAGUAUACAUAAGUGUGUGUAUUUUCUCUGUUCAUCCUUUGGAAGAGCACCGAAAGGGGUUCUGAAGAAGCUGUUCAUAUGUUCGCAUGAGGAAGUUUUCUCACUCCUCUUCUUCUUUUCCCCCGCGCGUGGUGUAAUCCGGGGUUUUGACGAUCCCUCUCUGCUUCUGCUCCUCACCUCAGUCUACCUGGGUGAGUUUAGUCGAUACUCUGCAACAGUUUCUCAGAAGGAAAUGGACGCCUUAUUUUUCGUUUUAUGGGAUUCCAACAAUGAAAUCAUGAGAAACUAUGCCCUGCAGGUGGAUAUGAUAAGGAGGAGAAAGCCGCGAGGGCGUACGACCUCGCCGCCCUCAAGUACUGGGGACCGACCACUACCACCAACUUCCCUGUAUCUCUCUCUCUUUCGCUCUGGCUCGUUCUUCACUUGGAGGUUGGUAAGAGGGUGAGAAUAAUGUAAGCUCCACGCUGUCUGCAACAGGUUUCGAGCUACGAGAAGGAGAUGGAGGAAAUGAAGAACAUGACCCGGCAGGAGUUCGUCGCCUCUCUUCGAAGGUCUGACUUCGCCAUUAUCAUCCUUGCUGGCUUAGCACUGCCCGGUACCCCUCAGUCAACAUCGCUGACGAUUUUUGUUGUUUCGACAGGAAAAGCAGCGGGUUUUCCAGGGGAGCCUCGAUCUAUCGUGGCGUAACAAGGUUAUGCCAUCUCCAAGUGAAAACUUUCGGUAGGACGUCUGUUCUAAGCUCGCUGAAUCUUCUGGGUCUUGUUCAAACUGCAGGCAUCACCAGCACGGCAGAUGGCAGGCUCGGAUCGGGAGGGUGGCCGGCAACAAGGACCUCUAUCUGGGAACCUUCAGUAAGCUCUCAAGCUAUCGAUCGAAUGAACGAUGGAAGAGUCCUAAGGGGCGCCGGGUUUAAUAUUCCUAUCUUCAGGCACGCAGGAGGAGGCGGCGGAGGCGUACGACAUCGCGGCGAUCAAGUUCCGGGGGUUGAACGCCGUGACCAACUUCGACAUGAGCCGCUACGACGUGAAGAGCAUCGUCGCCAGCAACCUCCCCGUCGGCGGAAUGGCCGGAGGGAGGACCUCCAAGCCUGCCGACUCCCCAUCUUCGUCGGUGGAGACGAGGAGUCUAGACGGGAGGCCGCAGGGCGAAGGCCGAGAUAUCGACCUACCGGCGCCGGCGGCAUCGCUGCUCGGUCUAGCACUGCCCCUCAGCCAGAACCAGCAACAUCAUGACUACUGGUCCUUGCUCGCCCUCCACAACCAGCAGAUUCCCAAGGCCGACGGCGGCUACCCGCCCCCCGUGAACGUGGAUUUCUCUUCGGCCACAGUUCAGGGCCAUGGGAGCUUCUUUUGGAGCGGCGGGAUUAUGCAGCAGCAGCAGCAGGAGGAGGAGGAGCAGACCCAGAGCCAGGGCUACUCCGUUUCCUACGCCGCAUCCGUUCCCCCAGGGAGCAGCCGCGGCGGCGAUGCUCCGGGCUAUGUGGGAAACUGGGUGACGCCGAUCGGGUACCCCAUGCAGCCCUACGACCAAGGUCCGAAGAGCGGUAUGGCACAUUUUCAGACUCCCAUUUAUGGAAUCGAAUGA